GAAUGUCCGAGCAGAGAGCCGCAGAGAGCCGCAGCAGCAGCAGCAGCAGCAGCAGCGUGGUGACAGAGACGCGUCUCCUCACACCAACACUCUCAUUAUUACUAACACACUGUCAAUGGCAUCACGAAGGGAAUGGUUGCUCUCAAGAUCAAGUAUGAUUUUAUGAGGAAUUCCAGAUGACAUCAGAUCCAUGCUCCCGGCCACAUAUGCACAGAAUGACACCAUGUCUUAUGGGUAAAAGUUCAGGGAGGCGGUUGAGGGGAUGGUGUGCCUUGGCGACAAAGACUCUUUCAUCCAGUCAGGUGCUGAAGCCGCUGGUUCCCGCCCUCUGCCUCUCGGUCGUGGUGAUAUAUGGCCUGGCUGACAGACUCCGAAACUUUGUCUCGGGCAUCUUCAUCCCCCAGUACCACUACCCGUACGCUGUGGCUCUCUGCUUCGGCCAGGUUCUGGUCUCCAUCUUAUUCUUAAACCUCCUUCACCUCCUGGAUCUUGCGCCUCUGAAGCCUUACUCCAGGCCCCUGGGUGAGCGGCUGCUGGUGCCCGCCGUCUGCAGCGGCAUCCAUGGCGUGCUGGCCAUGUGGGCCAAAGCGAGCAGCUCCUCCGCCGGCCUCUACCCCCUCACCCUCCCUCUGCUGCCCCUAGUAACUGUGGGCUUCAGUGUGUGCCUGAAGCUGGCCUCCCCCCCUUCUGUCCACAUCUCUGUUGGCUUUUCCAUCCUGAGUUUGACGUCGUUUGUCAUCACAGUCGCUCAGGGUCUGGCAGGCGUUGACACUCUGGAGUACAUAUAUGCACCUCUGGCUCUACUCCUACACAGUAUUUCUCUAACAUGGCUGGCUAAAGUGUCUGAGGCCGAGCGCCGCCAGCCCGCUGACGCCCAAGCCUCCGUUUUUGACAUCUACUACACCCAGCUGGUCAACCAGAGCUGGGUGCUGGGCCUCCUGUGGCUGCUGCACCCGGACAGUCCCUGGCAGGUGUUGGGUCACAGCAGCUGGCGCACCCUGCUCUUCCACGGAUACCUGCUCGCCAUCCUCCUUCUGGGGAUGGUAUUGAACUUCCUGGUCGGCGUAUCGGCUCUCUGUGUCUCGCCGCUGGCUGCUGCGGUGCUGCACUCGGCGAGGCAGGUGGUGCAGCCGUUCAUCCACCUUUUGUAGUUUCUUGAGGGAAUGAGUGACUGUUUUUCUAAUGUAUCAGCAUGAUACCUUCAUUACAAGCUGACCUUCAUACUUUUGAUCACGGCAAUGUGAGCAUCAGCUGAGAUGAAAUACAACAUAUCAGCAGAAAAGCAACAUGCAUCAAGUGAUCAUAACCACGAUAGCAUAUCGCAAAGCCAUAAAAAGCUAAUGAUUUACUGCUGGGUCCAAAAGUCUCCAUGUGGACCAGCUUUUAUCUCCCUUUUGUGAGCAAGUACUCCGUUGACAGGCCCACCUUAAAAGGUGCCAUUUGUAAGAAAAGUUGAUUUCUGAGUCUCAGUCCAACUCGUCAAAAACCGAUGCUUUGCGAUUGUAGGACGAGUCAGCUACCAUCCUUUACUGAUGACUGAUAACAUAUUUAUGUUCUGCAACUUUGUCACUUCUGCUGAACUUUGAGGACUUUAGGUGGAAAUUAACCAGCAAAAUAUUUUAAGUGACUGGAAAAGAUCCCACAGUUGCCUCAAUAAUAACCCCAGCGUGAUCUAAUAAUAAUAUUGUGCUUUAACCAGUUGAUAAAUAGCUGGUAAUAAUGUUAAAGCAUUUCUAGAAAUCUUCCACCUGGUUUCUGCCUAAAAUCUGCUCUACAUGCCAGUUUAUUUACCCACCAGUUUCUGACUAACUUCAACCUCAGCAGGCAGAUAUAUGAAAAUGACUUUUUGCUGCUUAAAUACAAGCUAGUUUCUCCUAACUUCUGCAGACCAGUUAAUAUAAGGACAAUUUUAAAAUUUCUAUAAUUUAAGCAGAUCGGUCAAACUUUGGAACAUUUUUCCUAUAUUUUUUGUUUGUUUUUUUUAAGUUAGGCACCAUAAAUUGUUAAUUAUCAACAAACAAAACUUCAUGAUCAAAAAACAAGAAGUGAAUCCCUUCCUAUUUAGUGACUAACUUCCCAAGUUUUUCAACAGAAGUCGGGCAGGAGUUGGAAACGAACCUGUAAAAACUCACUUCAGUGGCCUGCUGACGGGAAGGUGGUUGUAAAUUAAAAUGGUGUGAUCAGCUAAAGUUAAGCAGAAACCAGUUGGAGGUUUGCUGUCAGUGUAUUAAAGCAAUCAGCUAUCUAUCAACUCCUUGUUGGACAAAAGCAGAACAUUAUAAUGAAAUAAUACUGGGGUUACUUUCAAUACAUUUUGAGGGAAUCAUUGUGCCAACUUAAAACAAAGUGUUACCGAUGACUUUCUUAUAGAACAUAUGACACGAUGUAACAGUAUCAGAAGAGUGAGGCACCUGAACGUGAGCAUCUGUACAGGACAGAUCUGAACAUCUGAAGGUCAAAGCAUCUAAACAAAGAUUGCCCUGUUCACACUGGGUAAAGAGCAGCAGGUACUUCUUUUUAACAACAAAGACAGACAGACCGUCGUUUCAACGGGAGAGAGAAUGACAGAAGCACAAAUCAGCAGCACAGUUCAGAGUUUUAUUUCAGAGCUGAAGGUGAAACAGGAAUAACAAGCAUUUUUCCCUUAUGUAUAUUCAUGAAAAUGUGAUAAUUUCUUUUAAACUAUUGCCUGGUAGACAGUGAAAGUUCCUGAUAGUGGACACAGAUGUUUUCAUGAGCAACUUAAUGUACAGAACAGUAUUCCAGAGGUUUAAACUCUCACAUUUCACUGGAUGAAUUCUCGAGCAAAGUUUUGUGGAAGUUGUCCUCGAAUGACUCUGACACAUUUUUCAGAUGAGAAGGAUAACGAUGAAGGUCGUUUCGUGCCGGACACAAGACUGUUGAACUGACUUCACCACAUUAACAGAGUUAAAAAUAUUUAAACUCAGGCUCACCUCGGCUGAAUUAAUUUUUAACCACAGAUUGUUGGAGUUGCCCUUGAAUGAGUCUGACUGCUGACAUUUGUCAGAUGAGAAGGGACGGUGAUGAGAAGAGUUCAAUGGUGCUGAAAUCAUUUUCUUUGAAUCUAUUUUUAAGUUAUUCUAAGAUGCUAAAUUGUGUCUGAAUUUAAGAAUAUGCUUUCAUUAUUUAAAUGUUACAUUUAAAGACAGAAAGUAAAUGUUGUACUAUUUUGUUUAAACAAAUAAUGUGAAAAGAAUGUUGAUCUACCUGAUCUCUACCUGGUGCACCACAGAGAAACAACAAGGCUUUCCUUCCAAAAAUAUUUAUUCUGUUUUUUAACAAUGAAAUGCAAGUGCCGUCACGAACCACAAACAUCACACAAAGCAGCAUGUAUUAAAAAUCCUAUAAAUCUGA